AUGCUUUACAAGAAUGUUACUGAAGCCAACUUUGGAGAUCUUUCUAAUCGACAUUUGAAAGAACUGUUUGAUACAGCUGGUUAUGCUCCAAGACAAGGAGAAGAUGUGUCAGUUUUCAAUGUUGCUGAUCAUGCAAUGGACUAUCGAUGCUUUGGUCAGAUGGGUCGGAUCAAAGAAUCUGUCUUGAAGGGUAUUGUCAAUCACAGCAAAGUCAAUGAUUCUUUUGGUAAUGUUUGUUCUUGUGUUGCUAAAAUCCUCUCUUGGAUAGAUAUGACUGGGUUUUAUAAUGUCUACAAGACUCUUGUUCUCACAGAGUCUCCUGUUCUUAGAGCAUGA